UGUGAUGUGAAGCUGCCUGUUAAAUCGUUUGCGAUGCUAGAAAUUUUCGAACGAAAACUAAAAAACCGAAAGUAUUUCGAGGAUAUAAUGUGCCAACUGUCAUUUAAGGUGCAGAAUAACGUCACCACAUCUACGCGCCGAUUGCUGAGCGCAGUCAUCUCUAAAAACUUAGCAAGAUUAAUGUCAUAUAAGGGUACUUCGGAAAAGACUGGUAUCCGAGAUUUCACAUUUUUCCAGCUUAUAAUUAUUGAUGUCAUCACUCGUAAACAAAUACAACUUGGUUCCACAGAGGAGGACACAAUCGAUUCGAUAGUCAAAGCCACUAAAAACUGGUGCCAUGAUCAGCGGCUAAGGAAGAAAUUGGAUUUAUCACCAGAAGAGAUGUGUGCCGACGACAUUCAACUUGGGCCUGCUAGCAGUUCACAAUCUAUUGAAUUUACACAACCACAAUGCCCAUUUCUUACCUUACUGAGGAAACAUAAACUGGGUUGUUUUGUGAAGGCAGUACGUCAUUUUGUGAACUUCAUGAAUCGUACAGAUUGCAUUCUAUUUUAUUCACUGAGUACUGAAAGUAAACUAUGAGGGAAGUCACAUUUCCAAGGAGGAUGUAAUUCAAGGCUUAUAUCAACAACUGUCGUCCCCUAUUUCAUCAUGAAUGUAUCAAUAGAGUUGUCCGUCAUUGACUUCAGGGACUUACGUACCAGGGGACAGUCUCGUCUACUGAGUG